GAAGCGCACUUGGUAGCGCACGCGGUUCGCAUUCGCACGUUCCCGCGGCUCGCUGGUGGCCGGAUCGUAGCGAGUGUUCUCGCGAGUGUUUUAUCGAGGCUCGUCUGGUAGUGUGUUGUGGUGUGUUGUGGUAUUGUGAAGUGAUGAGUCUUGGUUAGUAAGCUGUUCUAUCCCCUGGUUCCCGUCACGCUACCACGAUGGACUAUCUGAGCAAUGUCUUCAAACGGCGUCGCAACACCUCGUCCACGACCGACUCAUCGUCGGGUGUGCCAUCGCCGGCAGCACCGGCUACCGUGCCCGUAGCCCAAUCCUCGACAUCCGGCACUACCGGGGUCAACCCAGCGGCAACUCCCCAGCGCAAAAAGAAACGCAAGAGUACCCGUAAACGAACCAUUUCCGUUGUUCCCAUCAGCGAGGUAACGGAGGCAUCGUUGGAGCUAUGGCGUACGCUUCCGCCCAAAAUCCGCCACGAUCCGAGCAUGGUAUCCUUCCAACAGGUUGAGCUGGAACACGCCAGGCUACAUGGAGGCAGCAAUGAGGAUUCGUUUCCAGAGAUCCAAGGCAUGGAAGAGGAUGGAGGCGAUGAGGAAGACGAAGAAGAGGAAGAAGAGGAGGACGAAGAGUACGAGAACGAGUUCAUUACCAUCAACGUAACCAACGAGGAGGGCCAAAACAAGGAGAUCGGUCACGUGAAGGAAAAGAAAGAAAUUCCGAAACCGCAUGUGCAUCACUUGGCCGGUCAUUACAUCGGGAACAUUACGCCUCCGAAGCACGACGAAAUCAAUGAUACCGGGCAGACGAAUCUGGACGAGGAUCAUCCGUUCCGGAAGUACUCGAAAAUCAUCUGCCUGUUCAUUACGUGGUUGCUGAUUAUGGCUUUUAUGGUGGUGAAGGAUGAGAAGCUGGUCGCUUCGAAGCAUCUCUCGAUAACGCCGGACAGAACGAAGGCUUACAUACUGCCCCAUCUGCCCCAGAGCAGCCGGGUAAAGGUGACGCUCGAGGGCACAUUUCUGAGCGAACCGUACAGCAACAUCACGGAGAACUACCUCACGGUCUAUCUGCAGAUGCUCACCUCAACAUUGGACGUUAAUCUUACAGAACCGUACGCAACGAGCUCAGUCAAGAAUAUCAGUGAACCUUGGCACAUCCCAAUCGUACAUCCGUACCUGUUCGAUAGUGCACCGAUCGUGAAGGAGCAACGGCUACUGGACAUCGCGGACAGUAGCUACGAUAGCAUGCAGCAGGCGACCGGUGCAUUGGUACGGUUGAUGAUCAAAAGUAAUAUACAGGCCAGCAUGCCGAUAGCGGUGCAGUACGAUCAGUCACCGGUGAAUCGAGAUGUGGGCGUGAUCUAUGCCGCGUUUGUGCUGAUCUUCCUGUACGUGCUAAUUAUCUGGGAGAUCGUACAUCGUACGUUUGCGGCUGUGAUUGCAUCGACAUUGGCCAUCUCCAUUCUCGCCGCGCUGAAUGAUCGGCCCACGAUGGAGGACAUUGUUGGGUGGAUCGAUGUCGAGACGAUCCUGUUGCUCUUCUCGAUGAUGAUUCUGGUUGCGAUUCUGGCCGAGACCGGUAUCUUUGACUACAUUUCGGUGUACAUCUACAAGAUUACAAAUGGCAAGAUAUGGAGUUUGAUACACUGUUUAUGUUUGUGUACCGUGCUAAUAUCUUCCUUUUUGGACAACGUAACGACAGUUUUGUUGAUGGCACCGAUCACUAUACGACUUUGUGAGGUUAUGGACAUGAAUCCGGUACCCAUACUGAUGGCGAUCACCGUACAUGCUAACAUCGGCGGUACAACCACACCGGUAGGCGAUCCACCGAACAUUAUCAUCACCUCGAACCAGUACAUUUUGAAACACGGAGUCACUUUUCUUAACUUCACCGCACAUAUGCUGGUCGGUGUGAUUAUUGUCGUCAUUACUACCAACAUCCAUCUGCGCAUCAUCUACAAGAACAUCAACCAUCUGCGCAUGCACGAGCCGAAGGAGCUAAAGGAGCUGCGGCGCAACAUUAAGGUGUGGGAACGGGCUGCUGGUAAGAUCCCGCCCUACUCCAAGGAUGCCAACCUGGUGCGCGAGACACUGAUGAAGAAGGUAAAGCUGCUGCGUCAUCAGUACAAGAAAAAGAUGACAAAGGGUACGGUACCGGAGGAUAUCUAUCGUUCAACGCUGGAGGAACUGCAGCGUGAGCAUCCGAUUAAGAACCGCCCGUUGUUGAUCAAAUCGGGUGUAGUGUGCAUCUUCAUUGUGUCACUGUUUUUCCUGGAAUCUAUCCCGGAACUACGUCGGCUAUCGUCCGGUUGGGCCGCACUGCUCGGUGUCGUCCUACUGCUGAUCAUCUCGGACAAGAACGAUAUGGAUGCCGUGCUGUCGAGAGUCGAGUGGCCCACGCUGCUGUUCUUUGCCGCCAUGUUUACGCUGAUGGAGGCAGUGGAGCGGAUGGGACUGAUCGAUUGGAUCGGUCACGCAACGGAAACGAUCAUUCAAUCCGUUUCGGAGGAUCUUCGGCUAGCGGUGGCUAUCGUUAUUAUCCUGUGGAUAUCCGCUCUUACAUCGGCCUUCGUCGACAGCAUCCCGGUGACGGCGAUGAUGGUGAAGAUUGUUGUUGCGUUAUCGGAGAAAGCAUACCUCGGAUUACCCCUGCAGCCGAUGGUUUGGGCGCUAGCAUUUGGGCCGUGCCUGGGUGGCAAUGGUACCCUGGUCGGUGCCUCGGCGAACGUUAUCUGUGCCGGCAUUGCCGAACAGCACGGUUACAGGUUUAGCUUCAUGGAUUACUUCAAACUUGGAUUCCCGAUCAUGCUGGUCAGUGUGAUUGUCACCACGGGGUAUCUAAUAAUGGCACACGUCGUCUUCGCCUGGCAUUAGGAUUCCUGCAUUGGAAGGUCCGGGAAUCGUCUAGCUUAGUCCUGCCAGUCAGUCAAAUUACUGUUAUCAUCUUUCCUGUACGUCUCUGCGUGUUAUUGAUAAACUAUUAUCAUCGAUGUUGUUUCACAGAAGCAGCAUCACUAUCCUUCUCGGGCUAUCAGGUCAGGGAGAGAAGGACCACCGAGUCAACGCCGAUUGGUGACGUUAAACUUUACGCUGGAAACGUAAUACAAAACUUAAAAACACAUUUUAGGGACCUGCUAGGACAGAACGAGAAUAACCAACGAAAAGCUUUGCGAAAGAUUCAAAAUCAAACUCCCAUUUUUGAUCCCACGUUUACCGAAUUACCGAACCCAUCUCAACAACUCCACAACAUUUAGAAUAUACAUCCUUGAAAAGGUUCCAGAGGUUCGUGUGUUAGUGUGUCUGAGUGUAUUUUGACGAUUGAUUUCGUUUUCUGUUGUCCACGGAAUGGGGUAAUUUGCAACACAAUUUUAGAAAUCGUGAAUAAAGCAUGCGCCAGUUGA